CCCGGCGCGCCCAGUGCGAGCGGAGGAGCCGGCGCGGGCGCUCGACGGCGGGAGGCGCGCGGGGACGAGGCGGGGAGAGCGCGGGGGUGCUGCGCCGCCGCCCCGCCGCCACGAUGGCCGGCCCGUGAGGCGCCGCGGAGGGUCGCUUCGCCGGAGUAGGCGCCGCCGCCGCCGGAGCAGCCGCGGCGGUGGCGGUGGCGGUGGCGGCCGAGGAUGGGCCGGCCCGCGGGACGCCCCGAGCGCCUGUGCCGGGGGCUGCUGGCGCUGCUGCUGGCGCUGGGCCGCCUGGCGCCGCCGCUGCUGGCCAAGAGCCUGGAGCCGGUCUCCUGGAGCGCCGCCAACGCCAAGUUCAUGUCUGGCACAGGGCUGGUGAUUUACCCAGAAAUUGGGGACAAGCUGGACAUAAUCUGUCCAAAGGCAGAGCCAUCCAAACCGUAUGAAUAUUACAAACUGUACCUAGUGAAACGGGACCAAGCAGAGUUCUGCAGCACCAUCAUGGACCCAAAUGUGUUGGUGACCUGCAACAGGCCUGAGCUGGAAAUCCGCUUCACCAUCAAAUUUCAGGAGUUCAGCCCCAACUAUAUGGGCUUGGAAUUCAAAAGAUACCAGGAUUACUUUAUCACAUCCACGUCCAACGGGUCCCUCGAGGGCUUGGAGAACAGAGAAGGCGGCGUGUGCCAAACGCGCUCCAUGAAAAUCAUCAUGAAAGUGGGACAGGAUCCCAAUGCGGUGAUGCCAGAGCAGCUGACCACAAGCCGGCCCAGCAAGGAUUCAGGCAGUGCGGGGAACAUCGCCACGCAAAGCCCCCAUCACAGAUUCCCUUCUGUGGUGGAGGUCCCAGGGAAGCCAGACCCUGUUAACCAAGAUGGCCAGGAUACCCAAAGACCGACCGAUGGAUUCUUCAGCUCCAAGGUGGCCGUGUUUGCUGCGAUCGGGGCUGGCUGUGUCAUUUUCAUCCUCAUCCUCAUCUUCCUCAUCGUCCUUCUCAUCAAGAUCCGAAAACGGCACCGGAAGCACACCCAGCAGCGGGCGGCGGCCCUGUCGCUCAGCACCCUGGCCAGCCCCAAGAGCAGCGGCAACGCCGGCUCCGAGCCCAGCGACAUCAUCAUCCCCUUGCGGACUACAGAGAACAACUACUGCCCUCAUUACGAGAAAGUCAGCGGAGACUAUGGGCACCCGGUCUACAUUGUCCAGGAGAUGCCCCCCCAGAGUCCGGCUAACAUUUAUUACAAGGUUUGAGGACAAACCUUGCUGCCCACCCCAAAAGCCCUCUGGGUGCCAGGGGAGAGGAGGAGGAAGAGGAGGAGGAGGGUCUACUUGCCCCCUCGAGCACUCCCCUCCCUUGAUUAGCAUUUAGCCUUGUAGUUUGGAGCUCUUCAGACCCAGGAUUUGAGGGUGGGGGGGGUUCCUCUUGUCCCCUCUCUGCUCCCAGCCCGCUUUGUGGCCCUCACUUGGGCUCUGUGCCUUUCUCGCUCUUGAACCCACCCGGGAAACCCCAAGAUGGCUGCCGCCUCACUUUGGGGGUAGAUUUUCCGGCUCCUCGUCAUUGUUUUGUUUGGGGCGGGGGCAUUGUUGGGAGGGAAGCCACACCAAGCCUGGCUCUCCAAGUGUGUGUGUGUGUGGGGGGGUCAGUCCCUGCGGGGCAGAGCUUUGGGCCGUGCUGAGAAAGGAGUCUGUCUAGCCCCAUCUUUUAUAUAUAUAUAUAAAUAUAUAUAUAUAAUAAUAAUUCUAAAGUAUUUUUUGUAACUUUUUAAGAAAAUUGUGAAAGAUUGGACUUGUGAGCUGCCUCCUGCGGUUUCCCAGCACAAGCUCAUCUGCAGUCCUUCCCCGUCCACCUGCCCCGUCUGUCUUGGGCCUCAUCCGCUCAUCCCACUGGACAGUCAUCUCUUCCUCCAGGCUCUGUGUCCGCUGCGAGAAAAGUGGACCUUUCUUCCUUUUGGUUCUUUUUGCUAAUUUAUGAACAAACAAACAAAGCAACCAACCCUGCAAAGUUUGCAAUGGUCAGUCCAGGAGAGAAUCUCGUUCUGAAAACCAACCGGAAUGGGGGUCAAGAGGUGGGCUGCUGUUCGUGCCCACCGGAGCAGCCCCCCUCCUGGGCCAGAGUGCAGAUGCAUGAGGGCAUUGCGAUGCCCAGGGUAGGGGUCUCCCUGAAUUCCCGAUUCCAUGACCCAGGCGAGGGGAAUGAAGGGAAAGCAUCCAUGGUCCUUUCCAGAAAGCCCAUGGAAGGGAACUCAGCUUUUGGCUCUUGGGGGUUCAGGAGGAGGAGCAACACGGACCCCUCACCCCUUGCUUGGAUCCGGCCUCUUUUAUGCCCAAUUGCAGAAUGUGGCAAAACCCUCCCCCCCCAAUUUCUUUGAUCCAGCCACCCAUCCCAGAGCUCUUCAUUGGUUCGCUUCCUGCCAGUCAUAUUAAUUCCAAUUGUGAUUUCUGUGGCCUGCAAGGGCCCUUGAUUGGCCCCGGGCCCCUUUACGGGAGAGAAUGAGCCCCUCUGGGCUCAGCUUUCCCAGUGGGUGGAAGCGCCAGUCAAAGCCUCGGCCCCUCCCCUCCCCACACAUCUCCUACCCUGUAGGGGGUGAGUCUCCCCCUCCCUGGGUGGGUGGGCAGAAGGAAGCCAGCCCCCCCUUCCCCCUCACAUCUGCUUGGCUGCAGCAUCCUGGGCUCCAGGCCCUUUCACGGCCACCUUGCACCUGUCAUGCCAGAAGCCUUAGUUUGCAUGGAGAGGCUGCUGCGCUUCUUGCUCUGCGCUUGUUUGUCUCACCCUCCUCGUCUCCUUUCCAUGAGCGACUCCUUCAUCAAACCCAGUUGCAGCUCACUAUCCACCCCCCAGGCCGUCCAGCCCCACAGCAAGGCCCCAAGACCAGCCUUCUGCCUGGCAGCUGACCGCUGGAGUCUGCCUUGGCCGCUCCAGAGAAGAUUGUGGGGCUGGCACUGUGUGGCCAUCAUCGGCCUGCCUGCCUCCUGUCUUUUGGAGACUGACAUUUGCAAUAAACUGGUCCGGUUGGAGUGGGGGGUGGGGUGGGGGGGGCAGAGGCUCUUUUGCCCGGCUGACCAGUUGCCCAUCCUCAGAGAAAAGCCCACCUGAGCCCCCUCCGGCCCCUCCCUCCCCAUCAGCAUUUCUAUGCAGGAUAUGAAGUGGGUGUGUCUGUCCGUCCGUUUGUCCGUCUGUCCGUCCGUCUGUGUAAGGGCUUAGGUUAAUUGUGCACUUUGAGGCGUGUUCAGUGGAGAUCAGCCAAGAAUUCAAGUUUCUCAGGGCUCCACAGAUAAUCGACAGGUAAUUUUUAGUAGUGGUUGUAGUAGUAGCAGUAGUGUUCUUUUUAAAAUGUAAAGACUCUUCCCGUGGCCCCUUAUUAUCUUGCACCCAGUGGUAGGGGCCCCUACGUGGGAGAGUGGCCCCGAAAGGAGGGAAGCCCCUCUCUGGCCCAGAGGAGGGGGCUGCCCCUGCAGUGAGAGGCUUUCAGCAUUUUGUUCUGAUUCCCAGACUUGGCAGCCGUCUGCCGGAUGGUGGAAGUGGCGGGUCAGAGGCCCCUGCCUGGCCACUCUUGGAACCGCUGACCCUCGCAGGCUCCGGAGCCCCCUGGGGAAGGGAAGAGGGACCCUCCGCACAAUCCAGCUGAGAGAGAUUGAGGGAGGAGAGGAGAGGAGGGAUUGUGUGGUUCCAACCAUAAACAGAUAGUUUUCACACAGGGUGCAGCAAAAAUAGGGGGAGAGAUAAGAUGCCCACUGCAGUCUUUAAGGUAGGCACUCAAGAAAAGUAAUUUACAGUCACGGUUUAUUUUCCUUUGUGCGCAGAAAUGGAAAGCUGGGUGGUGUUCCCUUCCUGCUCCAUGUGGAACAACAAAAUUAAGAAAACACAUGAGGAGUUCGAUGCAGGCCAUUCAUUUUGCGUCGGGAAUUUUGCCUUGUGUGAAAUCCUCUCUAGUUUCACUUCUCUUUUACUACACACACACACACAAAAUUUGUGGGGCGAGGGGGGGCAAGAAGCAAGUGGGGUGGCAAGAACCUUCAGAAGCUCAAGUUGGGGUCUAGAGCUGGGGUCUCCAACCUUGGCAACGUUAAGCCUGGAGGACUUCAACUCCCAGAAUUCCCCAGCCAGCUUUGCUGGCUGGGGGAUUCUGGGAGUUGAAGUCCUCCAGGCUUAACGUUGCCAAGGUUGGAGACCCCUGCUCUAGAGAGUGGUUGACUUGCACCUCCCCCUUACAUAAUCACAAUCACAAACAAGUGAUUGAGGUGUGGGCAGCCAAAUAAAUUUAUAAAAUGGGUUGUCUGGGGUUUCAAUCUGCCUUUGGGGUCUUGUUUUUUUUGUUUUUUUUAGCACCUCUUUGCUGAAUCUUGAAAUGUCCUUCUGCUUCAUCUUUCUCCCAUCAAAAGGGUUUUUUUUUUAAAAAAAAAAUGAGCUUUUAUUUUGUGUAAAUAACCAGUCUUUUUUGGAGGGUAUAAUGUAAAGAAGUUUUGUAUAAACUUUGGAUUAUUUUCUGGUUGCUUUUCUUAGAAAAAGAAAACAAAACGAAUUAAAAAUAUGGGAAAAAAUCAGCCACAAGAACGGGUGUUAAAACAUUUGUCAUACUAUUGUAGUCUCUCUACGUGCAGUUCAUCCAUCACAGAAGGACACACCUGGGGUCUGUAACUAGCAAGGUCAACUCCUGAAAGGCCCUUCCCUGUGCCCCCUCCUCCUAAAACUUCUGGGGGUCACCAGAGGGGCUUGCUGAUACCCCUCCCCAGGCAGAGAACCAGGGUGGAAACUCCAUCCGUUCAGGGGGCUUGCAGUCCUGAAACCCCUUGGGCUGGGAUCCCUGCCUUUUCAUACCCUAGAGCAGGGGUCUCCAACCUUGGUCCCUUUAAGACUUGUGGACUUCAACUCACAGAGUCCCUCAGCCAGCAAAGCUGGCUGAGGGACUCUGUGAGUUGAAGUCCACAAGUCUUAAAGGGACCAAGGUUGGAGACCCCUGCCCUAGAGGACUGUGCUGGUGCUUGAGGGGCCGAAUACCAUCUGCAGGUGAGGCACUUGGGUUCAUGUUUCCCAGGUGCCUGGCAGGUUUGAGGAGUUCUGGCUUACUCUUGGGGGGGGGGCGGCGCCUGAGAGCAAGCAGCCCCUGAGGGCAGUUGGGGGGAGGGUGCACCCAGGAGAAGGUGUGUUUCCCUUCCCCAAGAGUGCCCUGUGCCCCCUAUCAGCCUGGAGGCAUGUUCGCAUCUGGUCUGCCACUUGCCAGUCUUUCUGGCUCUGGUGGGCAUCUGGCUUGGCCUCAGAGGAUUCGAAUUCUACACCCUCCAUGCCCUUCCUGCCCCCAGCAGGGUCCAGCUCAGAAAAGGGGCCGACUGGCAACAGGCAGGCAAUGCUGGGCCUUUCCUGUUCAAGGUGGGGAUGUUCCCCGUCCUGCCUGGUGCUCCAGGAGUCGAGGCUGCGAGUGGACAACUCCGAAUUGACCAGAGCAAUGGUGUGGAGGUUUUUGAUUUUUUUAAAAACAAGAACAACUAUUGAUUCUCUCACAUUUUAGAGAUUCCUUUACCCUUUAUUCACUGCUUUCACCCAGUUGCCACAUCAUUGUCUUCAGUAAUAAUGGGAAAUGAAUUCCCUGGAGCCAUGAUGGAACGUGGUAUAUUGUUAAAUAAAGUAUUUUUUU